AUGUCCCAAUUAAACUCACCACUCACUCCGAGCUCGACUGGUCCAACAGAACCUCUCUAUUCAUUGCCAGGAAAUGAUUCAUGUUGUGAUUGCGGAGCCAAAGUUCCUAGAUGGGCCAGUAUUAAUUUAGGAUGUUUAAUUUGUAUUAAUUGUUCUGGAGUGCACAGAAAAUUAGGAACUCACAUUUCACAAGUGAGGUCAACCACAUUGGAUCAUUUACCAUCAGAAGUGAUUGAACAAAUGAAACGCAUUGGAGGAAACACUAAAAUUAAUGAAUACUAUGAAGCUAAACCAAUCAAGAAUUAUCCAAAACCAACCGAAGACACAGAUCCACUCUAUCGAGAGGAAUACAUUCGAGCAAAAUAUGUAUUGAAAUACUUUGCAUUCGAUCGAGAGAAUGUCGCAAGUAUGGCCACUGGUGCUUGUUCUACUCCAAUCAAUUCAACUACUACCACAAACAAUUCAUCAUUCUCGUCAUUACCAUCCUCCUCCUCAUCAUCAUCAUCAUCAUUACUUGUGGAUUGGGAAAGUUUAAAACCCAUCCAUUCUCCAGAACAACAGCAAGAAAGCAAUACAACAGAAGGAGCCUUAAAAACAUCAUCAAGAAAGAGCUCUCUCUACAAGUCAUUGAAAAAGUUAUCAUCUUCAUCCUCCUUGAGUAAGGGAAUGGUUGAAUUUAUUGGAAUGUUGUCCAUUCAUGUGAAAGAAGGAAGAAAUCUCAUAUCGUGUGAUGUGAAUGGUUUUAGUGAUCCUUAUUUAAUUGUUGGAUGUGGACCUUCUCUGGAGGAUCGUUCCAAUAUCUAUCCAGGUCAAAUUGUCAAGACAAGUACCAAGCUCAAAACUUUAAAUCCAGUUUGGAACGAAACCAUUACUACAUGCGUGUGUGACAUUAAAACUGAUGUACUUCAUAUUGAAUGUAUGGAUUGGGAUCGUGUCAGUGAAGAUGAUGCAAUGGGUCACUUCUCCAUCACUCUAGGUGAUUUAUUUGGUACAAACGAUCCUGUAAAUGGGGUGACUAAAAUUUGUACAUUACAAGGAGUGAAAACUGGCGAGAUUGAAAUUGAAGUGAAAUUUAUCAAUUUGAAGUAA